AUGGCAGAUGUUCUAAUUAUUGGUGAUGGUCCCGGCGGUUUAAGUGCCGCACUGUUCCUAGCCAAAAACGACAUGGACGUAACCGUUUUUGGUCAGAAUAAAACCUUUAUGCACGACGCAAUGCUCUACAACUACUUAGGCAUUCCUGAGGUGACCGGAACUGAGUUUCAAGAGAUUUCUCGUAGACAGGUCGAGGGAUUCGGCAGCAAAAUCCUUGAUGUCGAGGUAACCGAGGUUGAAACCGGCGGAGUUGAAUUUUCCGUGAGUACGGCAGCGGGAGAUAAACAUCAGGGAAAAUACCUUAUCGUUGCAACCGGUUUUGAGGAGGCGUUGGUCGAAAAACUUGGACUUGGCACCGAUAGCGAUAAUGAUGACGCUAUCAUUGCCGAUCGAGAGGGAAAAACAGCGGUUGAAAACCUCUAUGUUAUCGGUUGGCUAACUCGCGGUCAGCGGACACAAGCGAUUAUUUCCGCCGGCGAGGGUGCCGCAGCAGCGUUAAGCAUUCUCUCGACCGAAGCCGGCAGAGAUGUCCACGAUUUUGAUGUCGUCAAAGAGGAUGGAGAUGACGAGUAA